AUUUUAAGGAUAUUAUAGUAAUAACAAUAAUAAUGUUUCCGAGUUAUCAUUUUUUGUACUAAUCCACAUCUAUUCUGUGAAUAAAUUUCGUCCAACUCUAAAUUUCAUUUGUAUUUUUCAAAUAGGAUUUUAUUCUUUUAUUAUUCGAUUGUCAAUUUUAGACAUUCGUAUUGUAAUCGUUUAUCCCCGACAUUUUCUCUUUCAUUAUCCACAGAACGUGUGACGUGUGCGACUCUAUUAGCACAAUUCUCUUGUUUGACAUCGACAAUCUACUGAAAAAAUAAUCAGUGAAGUGUUAAAACUCAACAGGUUAUUACAGUUGUUUAGGGUCCUUUUGAACUACCAAAAUGAACAAAAAGUGUGCUAGAUGUGAUAAAACCGUUUAUUCUAUUGAAGAACUCAAAUGUUUAGACAAAGUAUGGCAUAAGCAAUGUUUCAAAUGUCAGUCUUGUGGUAUGACACUGAAUAUGAGAAAUUACAAAGGAUUCAACAAAGAACCUUACUGCGAAGCACACAUACCAAAAGCCAAACAUACAACCGUGGCAGAAACUCCUGAAUUAAAAAGAAUUGCUGAAAACACAAAAUUACAAUCUAAUGCAAAAUAUCAUGCAGAAUUUGAAAAAACCAAAGGCAAAUUAACUCAAGUUGCUGAUGAUCCUGAAACUCUAAGAAUUAAAGCAAAUACAAAAAUUAUAAGCAAUGCAGCAUAUCAUGGUGACUUUUUGAAGAAGGCAGAAAUGGAACAACGUAGAAAUUUAAAUGGAAAUAACACAAUCAAUGAUGUACCUGCAAACAAAAAUAUUUUUGUAAAUAAAUCUCAAAAUCAUGAUACCAUAGUUAAACAAAACAAUGCACCACAACAAAAUUAUAAUUCUCCAAACAAUGAUGGGAGGUAUUUACAUAAAAAGAAUGAUAAUGUCCAUUAUCAUCCUAGAAUAGAAGAAUCAAAUAAAGUUCCAGCAUGUUUAAACCGGCAAACUUCUACUUUAAUUUAUUCUUCAGAUGGAAACACGGUACCUAAUACAUACAGUCAUCACAUUGGAUCAAUUGCUGAUUAUGAUCCAUUACAAAAGCAAACACCUUAUGGUAAAGUGAAUCAUAUACCAGACAACCACAACUUUGGAAGAGUUUACAGAGCUAUGUAUGAUUAUGAAGCUCAAGAUCACGAUGAAGUUUCAUUCACAGAUGGAGAUUUAAUAGUAAAUUGUGCUGCUGUUGAUGAUGGUUGGAUGACAGGUGUUGUUCAAAGAACAGGAAAAUCUGGCAUGUUACCUGCAAAUUAUGUUCAGCCAGCUGCUAUUUAAAAUUAAAAGUUCUAUUUUUAUAACUUUUGUUAAAAAUUUAUGUUUUUAAAUUUAAUUAAAAUCAGAUUUUUAAAUUGAAUUCCUUCUAAUUUAUAAAAAUAAUUAAUAUAAUAAUAUAUAUUUGUGAUAUAUCAAAUUUACAACGAUUGUAUUACUAAGUUUCUACAUAUAGAAACAAUCCUUAAUCACAUUCCAAUCAUUUUGUGGUUUUAAUACAUUUAUUUGUAAAAUUAUACCUCUUCAUUUUAGUUUUAAAAAUUUCUUUUUAUUUAUUUUGUUUCUUUUUAAAAUUUUCUCUUGUAUAAUUUUUUUCUUUUGAUUAAAAACUUCUUUUUUUUUGAAUUUGUAAGUAAAUACUCUCAAAAAUUAAGAUGUAGCUUUAUAUUAAUGUGCCAAUGAUAUUUUUCAAGUCAUUUGAUUUUUAUUUGAUUUCAUGAAGUUUAAGACAAACUUCAAAUUAUUAAAUUGGUCAACUUGACAUUUAUUAUGUAUUCCUACAUUAAACCCACUGAAAAGCUUAUAUUUUUAAGGGUUGUCUCACAUUUCUAUUGUAUUUCCUAAUAAGAAUUAUUUUACGUAUAUAAUUAUGUUAUUGCUUAUGUUAAUUUAAACUACAGUAUUUAAAAAAAUUUUUAUGAUUCCUUUUUUUUGUGAAGUAUUAUAAUGUAUUAAAUUAUUAUUGGAUUAUAAUUCUUAUUGAAUACUUUUAACAUUUCACUUAUAUUUUUCCAUACAUAAUUGUACACUAAACUUGUAUCUUCCUAGACUAUUAUGUUUGUGUUAUUUCAAUAUCAUUGUAUUUAAGUUAAUUAGUCUUUUUUUUUAAUGUUAAAUUUUUGUGUGUUGUUAUAAUAUUUAUUGUGACUGCUAAGUUUCAAAAAAUUGUCACUGAAUUCGUUCAGUAUUAAUUUUCAAUGCGCUUUGUUAUUUCAUAUUAUUUUAAGAUAUGUUAAAUAUCUUCAUUUAAUCAUAUUUUCUUUUACCAUUCCUCUUAUAGUUUUGUUCAUUAAAUACAUUAUUUUUAAUUGUUUAAUUAUUACAAUUUACUAAUAAACUAAAUUUUAAAUUGA